UAGUAUCUGCUAAAAAUCUAAUCUUUCUUUUUUCCAUUCUUCACUGCAGUCUUGCCACCAAUGGCUAAAAGAACUCACCUUUCUCUCUUUUUCUUCGUAAGAGAUUGUUAAGUUACUCUUCAGUUGCUCACUGUAACUACUUCUGCAGUUUUCUCUUCGCUUCCUGUUCUGCAAAAUGGCUUUGUUUGAUGGUAAAUUAACUGUUUUCCCUCCAAGAAUAGAGGCUCUCAUGGUCUCUUACAAACCAAGAUCACAAUUUCUCAAAAUUAAUCUCUACCCAGGUCUCAGUUCCCUUGAUUCUUUGCAGCACGGAAGCAGUAGACUUAGACAUGAACUGAAGUCUAUAAUUACCUCAAGAAAGUUUUGGCAACCACAUGCAUUGGUCAUCACAAGUGAAUAUCAUCCCCAAAAUUCUGAUUUUCCUCGAAAUUAUACAAGGAAGGAGAAGAAGCCUUUUCCAGUACCCAUUGUGGAAUUAAGACGAGCUGCAAGGCAGAGACUAAAGCAGAGGCUCAAGAACAGCAAAGGCCAACCUAAAGGGCGAAGCAGUCCUCCAAAGAACGGCAUGGUUGUUAAAAGUCUUAUACCACUUGCUUAUGAUGUAUACAAUGCAAGGAUUACACUAAUUAACAAUCUCAAGAAAUUGUUGAAAGUGGUGCCUGUGCAUGCUUGUGGGUGGUGUAAUGAAAUCCAUGUGGGAGCUGUGGGACAUCCGUUCAAGUCAUGUAAAGGAAAAUAUGCUACCCUCCGCAAGGGCCAUCAUGAGUGGACAAAUGCAGCUAUUGAAGAUGUACUUUUGCCUAUAGAAGCCUACCACCUCUUUGACCGCCUAGGGAAGCGUAUCCCUCAUGAGGAGAGAUUUUCAAUCCCCCGAAUUCCUGCUGUUGUUGAGCUCUGCAUCCAAGCUGGUGUCAAUAUUCCUGAAUAUCCCACAAAGAGGAGAAGAAAGCCAAUUAUUCGCAUUAGUAAAAGCGAAUUUGUUGAUGCGGAUGAAAGUGACUUGCCAGACCCUAUUCCAGAAGAGUAUGACAAGCCACUACUAACUGAAAUAUCCAACUCAGAAAUAGUAGCCCCAUCUGAUGAAGAAGAUAUAAAACUUCUUGCUGAUGAAACGUUACGAGCAUGGGAGAAGAUGAGGAAAGGAGCCAAGAAGCUAAUGAAGGUAUACUAUGUGAGGGUUUGUGGAUAUUGUCCAGAGGUGCACGUAGGACCCAGUGGGCACAAAGCACAGAACUGUGGGGCCCACAAGCACCAACAACGAAAUGGGCAACAUGGUUGGCAAGCAGCAGUGCUUGAUGACUUGAUACCACCAAGAUAUGUGUGGCAUGUUCCUAAUAUAAAUGAGCCAUUGCAUCGGGAGCUCAGGAACUUCUACGGACAAGCCCCUGCUGUCGUGGAAAUUUGCAUUCAGGUUGGUGCAAUUGUGCCGGAAGAGUACAAAUCAACCAUGAGGUUGGAUAUUGGGAUACCCUCCAGUGUUAGAGAAGCUGAAAUGGUUGUUUGAGACAAACAAAGAUGACAAACAAAGACGAAACUUCCAUAUGAUUCGCAAAUAGAGACGGAGGAAACGAGCCAGAAAGUAUAUGAAGGUCCAAUUUGCCUAGUAUUAAUCUACCAUGAUCCUGUCCUGUUUUUUAGAAAAAUUCACCUUGGUGCUGUUAGCAAAGACAAGAUGGUACAGGUAUAUAUAAUAUAAGUUGUAAUAGCUCCUUGUUUCCUGUUCCCUGUUCCCUGUUGGAUAGAUGCAUAUGAAUAUUGAGUUGAUAGACAUUUUUUGAAAUGCCAAUUAUUUCAAACUCUA